CCUUUCUCUUCGGCAUUAUUAGGAGAGAGAGAGAAGAAGAAGAAGAGGUAACUAGUGACUGGAGUGGAGAGCAUAAGGGGACCCUUAUCUUUGCGGCCCUCCUUCUUUGGCCUCUUGGCUCUGCAGCUGGAAACAUCUAGCCUUUUAAAGCCAAGCAAUCGCCAAAAAAGAGGAAAACGGGAAAGCAAACAAAGAUAUAACCACCGAAAAUAGAACAGCCAACAGAAAAUCUUCUGGCGAUAAAAUCUCUACAAAAUUUUCUCCAUUUCCAACCACUCUCAAUUUCAGAGAUGUCUGAACUGUGAGAAAGAAAGAAAUCCCAAAGAAGAAGAGGGGCAUGUCGGCAUGAUAGAGCUGCAAGAGCUUUUAGGAAUUUGAGAUGGCAGAAUUUGACAAUUGGCCUGCAUCUCUCGGCCAUGGCGGCCAUUUGAUUGCCAUUUAUGGACAUUCUCUUCUCUUCUGAGCCUGAGUCGGUUGCGUUUUGUCAUCGUUCAGUUGCCAAGCAGCCCUUCUCCUUUUUCUCUUUCCUCAACUCACCCCUACCCCUUUCUCCUGCUCUGUUUCUUUCUACUUUUCACUUCCUCCUCAGCUUUGCCCCUUUUUGGAAGACAGAAUGAACCAUUUUGUUCCCGUCUUCGAAAUGGAGGACGACGAUGGAAUCCCUUCUUCUUCGGCCUUCAAUGGCCUCAAGAAAUCAUCCGCCAGGUCUGAGGACGACAUCAUGGAGCUACUCUGGCAGAACGGCCAAGUUGUUGUCCAGAGCCAAACGCAGAGAUCUCUCAAGAGAUCCCCCAAACACGACGGCGGCGGCCUGAAUCCAGCCGACCACUCAGCGUUCAAGGAGAUCCGGCCGUCUUUCCAUGACCAUCCUUCUCUGCCUACUCCCCACCUGUUUAUGCAAGAGGACGAGAUGGCCUCCUGGCUUCAUUACCCCAUCCACGAACCCAAUUUUGAUCAGGACCUCUGCGCCGAUCUCCUCUAUCCAGCCGCCCCCUGCAUCACCGCCGCCCUCACCGCCGCCACAGGCACCGCCUCAGCGACGACCAACGUCGGCGGUCCUCCUGUUCGCCCCUUGCAGAAUCAGCACUUGGCCGCAGUUGCCAGGCCGCCGAUUCCUCCCCCCAGGAAGCCUGAUGUGGUUCAGAACUUCGCGCACUUCUCCAGGCACAGAGCGGCCGCGGUCAGGGGAAACAUGGCUGAAUCGGGACCUUCCAAUUCGAAGACGGUGGUGAGGGAAUCCACGGUCGUUGAUUCGAGCGAUACCCCGGCGCUGCGGCUUAAUUCUCGAGUCUCGGAGGCCUUUGUGGCCGCUUCGAUCAGCGACAAUCUUGGCGGAACCCUGAGCGUGUCGGCAGCUGGCGUGAGCGGCGGCGCUGGGCACGGAGUGAUGGCGGCGGGUCCCUCGACCUCCACCAAGACGACUAAGGACGUGAUGACCUGCGAGAUGACGGUGACGUCAUCUCCCGGCGGCUCCAGCUCGAGCGCGGUGCCGGCGACUCAGAGUCAGCGGACGGAGGAUAGGAAGCGGAAGGGGAGGGAGGAGGAGGGCGAGUAUCACAGCGAGGAUGCUGAGUUUGAAUCUGUGGAAGUGAAGAAACAAGCUCGCGGAUCAACUUCAUCCAAUAAGAGGUCUCGUGCUGCUGAGGUUCACAACCUCUCUGAAAGGAGGCGUAGAGAUCGGAUCAACGAAAAGAUGAGGGCCUUGCAAGAACUUAUACCACGUUGCAACAAGUCAGACAAAGCUUCUAUGCUGGAUGAGGCGAUUGAAUACUUGAAGUCUCUUCAAUUGCAAGUACAGAUGAUGUCCAUGGGAUGCAGCAUGGUUCCUAUGAUGUUUCCUGGCGUCCAGCAAUACAUGCCACCUAUGGGGAUAGGGAUGGGUAUGGGGAUGGGAAUGGAAAUGGGAAUGAACCGGCCAAUGAUGCCAUUUCCAAAUGUUUUGGCUGGUGGAUCCUUGCAGUCAGCAGCAGCUCAUUUGGGCCAGAGGUUUCCUGUGCCAGCCUUUCAGAUGCCGCCUGUCUUGCAUCCUGAUGCAUCCCGAAUUCAAGUUGCAAACCAGUCAGAUCCCAUGCUAAGCACACUAGGCGCAUCGACCCUGGGCCAACAAAGGCCUCCAAACUUUCCUGAUCCCUAUCAGCAAUUCCUUGGUCUCCACCAGAUGCAGAUGCCAAUACCAAUGCCACAGAAUCAACUAAUACCACAGCCAAGUACGAGCAAGCCCAGUUCAAGUCCUGGAGGUGAACACGGUGAUGGUCAUCAGUCUGGUACGUUCUUUCAUCUCGUCUCACUUCAAUUUACUGCACAUGAUGAUCAGAAUAUUGAAGUGAAUGAGACGACCAAUGUUUUCACCUUUGCAGCAGUAUGUUGUAUAGUCGGAGCGAGUCUCGUCCAGAAUUGUAAUGCAAUUGGUGGUGAUCCUCGCAAUCGUCCCGGGAAUGCUUUGGCUGGGAGUGGCGAUAAUUCUGCCAGCAGGAGAAUUAGACAGCGAUAGUGAAGGUGUUGGAUUUCAUGUAAUUUGCAGGUUGAAGUUUGGUUCCUUGGGUGGAUAUGCAUCAGAUCCGGCAAGGCCCUAGGAAGUUUUGUAGUUUAGUGUUGAAGUUGAGUGUAUAACAGAGAAAGAGCAGCUCUGGCAACUGUCUUAUACCCCACCCAAAAACAAACCUAAAGCUAACAUGUAAUUAUUACAAACCUAUAGAAUUCGAACCUAGAAACCUUACCUGUUUGGAUCCGUUCCCAUCCUGCAUCCAAUAUAUUUAUAUGCUACUAUUAUUCUUUUCCACUUUGUGAUAAUAAUGUAUAUUAGAAGCGAUACCUGUAGGGACUAAAGUUGCAGCAACAU